GUGAGAAUGUUCAUCACCCUGCCCUUAUUCCUCCUCCUGUUCGGUCUCGUGGGCAGUUCCUUCGUCCAAUUCCGGGACCCGCACCACCCCGAGCCCCUGCUGAACGUGUUGGUGCGCCCCUGCUCGCCCGCGCCCUGCGAAGGGGGCGACGUGUACGUGGGUGGCCAGGACACUCUGUUCCAUUUAGAUCUGGGGCUGGGGCUGAGGGCCCGAGUCUCGACCGGGCCCGCCCUGGACAGCCCCGAGUGCCCGCCUCCGCCCGCGCCCUGCCCGGACGUCAACCGGACGGUCGUCCACGACCGCAACCGGAUCCUCCUGCUGACGCCGGAGGGCCGCAUGCUGCUCAGCUGCGGGACGCUCUACCAAGGGAUGUGCAGGCUGCACAAGGCCGACGGUAUCGCUUCAAGCAUCCUGGUCGGUUCUCCGAACGAGACCGUGAACUUCGUCUCGGGUCGGGGGUCUACGGUUGCUUUUUGGGGAUCCGUGGGCAACGGCUCCGCUCUCUACGCCGCCUCCACCUAUGACGACCGCCCCCUUCAGUGGAGCCCCGCCUCCGUCUCCAAGAGGCUCCUCCUCCGCGAGAAGGGAGGAUACGCCUUCCGGUACGCCCACCGGACCGACAAGGAGUUCUCCGGAGUCAACUUCGAGCAACCCUACAAGAAAUCCUACAAGGUGGACUACAUCUCCGGAUUCACCCACGGCGACUACGCCUACUUCCUGACCACGCAGCCCGUCUCCGGAGAAUCUACGGCCUACGAGACGCGGCUGGCCCGCGUCUGCCAACGAGACCCCAAGUUCUUCUCCUACACCGAGGUUCCGCUGGCAUGCCGGUUGGGCGGGCAGCCCUACCUGUACAACCUGGCUAGCUCCGCCCACCUGGGCGUGGCCUCGGCCGCCCUCCGGAACCGCCUCAAGCUGGGGCGGAGCGGGGAGGCGGUGCUGUUCGUGGCGUUCGUGAGCGCGUUGCCCGAGCACGGGCGUACGGUGGACGAGAGGCGGGGCUCCGUGAUCUGCUCGUUCCCAUUGGCUGCCGUGGAGACCGCCUUCGCCAACGCCACCAGGGACUGCUCCAAGGGCGAGCCAAGGACGUUCCUGCUCAAGCACGUGGUGGGUGACGACAUCCCCUGCAUUGCCAGGGAGGCGGAGGAGGGGUUGUGCGGCUCCGAGUUCAACCACUUCGUGUCCGGGCGGGAGCCCCUGCCCGGCGGGUUCCGGAUGCACCUCGAGGACCACGUGACCGCCGUCUUCACCGCCAUCCAGAACACCCACUCGGUGCUGUUCGCCGGGACCUCCGAGGGACAACUGGUCAAGGUGCACCUGGACAGGACACGUCAGUCCAACCUGUUCCGUCGGACGAUCGCCGAGGGGGUCGCCGUCCAACCCUCCCACGCCUACGACAACAGGAGCGGGAACGUCUACUUCCUGGCCGGAGACGCGGUGGUUCGCUUCCCGGUGUCUUCGUGCUCGGCCUACGAGAGCUGCGAGCUGUGCCUGACGGUGGAAGACCCCCUCAAGUGCGGCUGGUGCGGCGAUCGGUGCGCGCACCGCGACGAGUGCCCCACACCCGACCUCCUCAGCCACGAGAAGUGCCCUCCCAUCAUAAGAAAGGUGUCUCCCCCACGCGGACCCCUGGAGGGCGGGACCCUCGUGCGCAUCGAGGGCGACAACUUCGGGAGCCCCGCACUGGGCGAGGACGUGUCCAAGAUGGAGGUGAGCGUGGCCGGACACCCCUGCCACAUCUACUCCUGGGACAAGGAGAAGGUCGAGUGCCGGACCAGUCCGGUGUCCGAACCGACGUCCGGCCAGGUGGUGCUCAACGUGUCCGACCGGACGUGGAUCAAGGGUCACUUCAACAUGGAGGGCGUGGCACGCAGCGGAGACACCUUCCACUACGUGAGUCCUCGCCUGUGGGGCGUGUCCCCGGGGCGGGGCCCCGUGUCGGGGGGCACCACCCUCACCCUCGUGGGGGAAGAACUGGACAUCGGCAGCAGCCAUCAGGUCAACGUGUCCGGAGUGCCCUGCGAAAUCCUGCAGUUGCGUCCGGGCAGGGCCCUGUGUCUGACGGGGCCCCUGAACGGCAGCUCCGGGGCCCCGGGCCCCGUCGAGAUGCGCAUCGACGACGCCGUCGUGGAGGUGGAGGCGUCCGGGCGUCCGGACCUGCACAAGGCGUUCCGCUACCUGCCGGACCCGGAGAUCCGGGACAUCAAGCGCCAAGUCACCACCAUCAGUGGCUCCAGGAACCUGACCGUGUUGGGGUCCCACUUGGACAGCGUGGCUCAGCCCCGGAUGGUGGUCAUUGUGGCUUCGCCCCUCACGGGGGAGAAACUCGAAUUUCGAACCGUAAGUAUCUCAUUGCGUCCGGACCGCGCCCUGUGCCUGACGGGGCCCCUGAACGGCAGCUCCGGGGCCCCGGGCCCCGUCGAGAUGCGCAUCGACGACGCCGUCGUGGAGGUGGAGGCGUCCGGGCGUCGGGACCUGCACAAGGCGUUCCGCUACCUGCCGGACCCGGAGAUCCGGGACAUCGAGCGCCAAGUCACCACCAUCAGCGGCUCCAGGAACUUGACUGUGUUGGGGUCCCACUUGGACAGCGUGGCUCAGCCCCGGAUGGUGGUCAUUGUGGCGUCGCCCCUCACGGGGGAGAAACUCGAAUUUCGGACCCCCUGCCGAGCGGACCCGUCCGGCGAGCGCAUGCGCUGUGCCACGCCGGCCCUGUCCGGGGCCGGGGCCCUGCGGGCCCCCACGGACCGCGCGCCCCUCGUGUCCCACGUGGCCUUCGAGAUGGACGGGGCGCCGGGGCCCCGGGAGCUGCCCCUGCGGCGGCCCCUGCUCUCGCAGCUGCUCUACUACCCGGACCCGGAGUUCCCGCCCUUCCCGGACAACGAGACCCUGCAGGUCCGGGAGGACCAGACCUUCCUCACGCUCAAGGGCCGACACCUGGACUUGGUUCACCUGCCGGACGACAUCCGGGUCCUGCUGGACGGGGGAGUGACCACCUGCAACGUGUCUUCUCUGUCCGGGGAGGAACUCGUCUGCAUCCUGCCCCCCGCCCUCCGCCCCCGCAACGGAUCUUCCGUCUCCGUCGAGGUGAGGAUCGGAGCGCGGCGCUUCCCCCUGGGCUCCUUCCAGCUGGUGUCGGGCUCCUCCUCCUCGCACGCCACCCUGAUUGGCUGCAUGUUCGGGCUGGGCGCAUGCGCGGGGCUCCUCUUCGUGGCCUGCUUCGUGUGGCGGCGCCGGAAGCGGAAGCCGCCCAGCUACAUGGUUGCCUUCUCUGCGCAGCCGCAGAGGCGGAGCAGCGACUACACCGCCGCCGCCUGCGGCGCACCCAGGCGGCAGGGCAGCAGGGGCAACGAUUAUCACGACCUGCGGGGGCGGAUCUUGGCAAGGAGGCAGGAGGAGGCGGCGGAGGGCGGCCCCUGCGUCGUCGGGGUGGAUGAGGAGGAGGAGGGUGCGGUCGACGACGAGACCCUCCACCUGUUGCGAGCAGAGAACAUCCUCAUCGAGAGGGAACAGCUCAGCCUGGGGGAGGUCAUCGGACAAGGGCACUUUGGAUGCGUGUAUAAGGGCGAAUUGCGGCAACCCGGCAGCGAGGAGUCUGUACAGGUGGCAGUCAAGACUCUCCACAACAGUGUUUCGAGUCCCGCCCAGGACGUGGACGCCUUCCUCCAGGAGGGGCUGAUGAUGAAGGACUUCCAGCACGACAACGUGCUCAGCCUCGUGGGGGUGUGCUUCUUCGAGGGGGAGCGCAGGAGCCCCGUGGUCGUCAUCCCCUACAUGCACAACGGGGACCUGCACUCCUACAUCCGGGACGAGGGGAACACUCCGACGGUGAAGGACCUGCUGAACUUCGGCGUGCAGAUAGCCGCGGGGAUGAGCUACCUGGCCGAGCUGAAAUUCGUGCACAGGGAUUUGGCGGCCAGGAACUGCAUGCUCUCGGGAGAGGGGACCGUGAAGGUGGCCGACUUCGGCCUGUCCCGCGACAUCUACGAGCGCGACUACUACAGCAGCGACAACAAGAAGACGAAGCUGCCCGUCAAGUGGAUGGCGCCAGAGAGCCUCGAGAAGGGAACCUACACCACCAAGACGGACGUGUGGUCGUACGGCGUGGUGCUUUGGGAGCUGAUGACUCGCGGGGUGACGCCGUAUCCGGACGUCGACAACUGGGACAUCCUGCAGUACCUCAAGUCCGGCCGGAGGAUGCCGCAGCCCUCCUACUGCCCGGACCUCUUGUACGAGAUCAUGCUGCGUUGCUGGCUGGAGGAUAGCAAAGACAGACCCACCUUUUCGGAGCUGGAGGCAGAAGUCGAGGGGGUCAUCACCAAACUGCAGAAGAAGAGUCAGACGGUGGGCCUCAACGUCACUUACGUCAACUACCCCAGGACCGAGGGACCCUAGUCUCUGGAUGACAUGGAUUCGGUGAUGGAGACCAUUAAUCGGCUGCGACGCCGACAGGAAAUCGGGGUCCAUGAUGGACAUCCGACGAUCGGAAAAGGAGACGUCGGUUUGGUUGUGUGAAGCAAAGCACCGAACGAGCAGUCCUACUAAAGCGCUGUGUGUGGACUUUUUUGCACAAUUGAACAAAUCUCGGCAAGUCGUAAACAUUCCAAGGGGUCCGGGCACCGACUAGCACAGCAUUCGAAACAAAUACGAUACUUUGUCUCACCCAGUACAAGCUCAGUUUUGGAGCAACAGUCACGAGAUCCGUACUGGGCCGAACAGUAUUAUUAGACGAAGUGCAUCAGUGAAAGAUGAGACGUUUUAGGUGGAACGUUUUCAGAACACCUUAAUUGCGAACGAAACGUCCGUCGUAGCUACAAAAAUGGAGCACCAUUCAUGUGAUUUCUGGAUUGAUCGUCUGCAAGUGCUGCUUUCCCUGCAGAAUGCGAAAGCGGGAAACCGAAACUUGGUGGCGAUUUGUGUCAGUCCGCCGAUUGGGGACGAUCCUCAUGUUUUUGUUCAUGGCUUCAUCAGUGAUUCGUUACCGUGUCCGCGUCACAUAGCAACGUCAUGUACGGAACAUUCAUAGCGAGUUCUCUCCGCGGGUUUUCCCCGGAAUUCCUUCCAGCCCUAUUUCUAACUGUGCACAAUGGAUGCAAACGUCUCCCAAGGUAAACUUCUUGUGAUUGAUUGUCCCGACACGAGAGGGAGCUCUCUUCAAGUCAGGUCCGUGGUACGCACAUUACAAACGGAAAUAGAGCCAUUUAGUGAGUCCGGAUUUAACGGGAGACUCGCUUAUCAAAAGCAGGACACUGCAACCAUCGUAUGAAGCAAAACAUUUCAUUCGGUUCAAUUCAAAUUUCUAUUACUCCACUUGUCAACGUUCGUCUUUCCGGAACCCUUUAUGACUCGCUGUAGACGUUCAGCUCUCAUUAGGAACCCCAACAUCCAGACUCAUUUCAUCCAGAAAGUGGCCACACUCGUCCAUUCAGGUAUUUCUCGGCCCAUAUUGGGCCAACACUCGUGAUUUUCAAGGAGCUUAAAGAGAUUUCUCAUCUUCCCCAGAGUCGAUGAUUUUAUUUUUGUAUACUCUUCUGAAUAAAUACA